AUGGCAGUUAAUCCUUUCGCAAGGAAGUACAGAAAUAUCGGACAAAUCAUUCAAGAACAACGAGCCCUUGCACUGGCAAAUAACCAACCAAUUUUACCAAUAAGAAUGAUCAUAGCACGUCGUGCACUGCAAGAUCGACGUUAUGACGAGCCAAUAGUUUCCGAAAUAGCAGCUGUCUACGUUGGAGAUGGAGGAGCCCCUCCAAAUCCAGCAGAGAGAGACAUUGAAACCUACCCAAACAACCAGCAAAACACAGUCAAAAUAAAGGCAACAUCUCCAGCAGCAGAUCCAAUGACUUACCCUCUUCUAUUCUUCAACGGUGAGCCAGGCUGGCACACCCAACUUCCACGCAACCCUCCCCCUGGCGAACAAAGGCGCCAAGGGGCAAGGGCUGCCAAUCCAAGACAGCGGCUAUCAUUAAAUGAAUUUUAUGCUUUCAGGCUCGCAGUUCGUGAUCCAUUCUCCACCAUUCACCGUUCAAAGCUGCUGUUUCAACAAUAUCUGGUCGACGCAUUCACCAAAAUCGAGGGCAAUGAGUUAGAAUUCAUAAGAAGAAACCAGGCUCAACUGAGAGUUGAUUCAUACCAAGGUCUUAUGGACCACAUUCACGCACGCGGAGAACAAGAGCAUGCAAAUGUAGGCCGCAUUGUGAUUCUACCCUCCACAUUUCAAGGAAGUGAAAGAAACAUGAACCAGAACUACCACGAUGCCAUGACUAUUGUCAGAAAGUAUGGUAAACCAGACAUCUUCCUUACAAUGACAGCAAAGCCAAGGUGGCCAGAAGUUAUUCAGAACCUCCUCCCACACCAACAGCCCAGUGACCAACCAGGCAUUAUAAUUCAUGUCUUCCACUUAAAACUACAGGAGCUUCUGCGUGAUAUCCUAGAGAGAAAUCUCCUAGGCCAUGUGAAAGCAUAUGUUUACACAAUUGAAUUUCAAAAACGCGGUUUACCCCAUACUCAUAUGAUCAUCUUUCUUUCAGAAGCUGACAAACCAUGGGAUGCACAAGAUGUUGACAGAUUUGUCUCAGCUGAAAUCCCUGAUCCUCGUACCAACAAAGACCUACAUAACAUGGUCAAGAAACACAUGAUACACGGCCCAUGUGGUGAUCUUGAUCCACACUGCCCCUGCAUGGCAGAUCGAAAAUGCAGCAAAAACUUUCCAAAACCAUUAAAGCAACACACUGACUUCAACGUUGACGGUUAUCCACAAUACAAACGCCGUGGUCAACACCCAGCUCAGCUUCGUCACAACCUGGUUAAUGACUCCUGGGUUGUCCCCUACAACCCUCAUCUGCUCAUGAAAUUCAACUGCCACAUGAAUGUGGAAGUAUGCACAAGUGUCAAAAGCGUAAAAUACAUUUUUAAAUACAUCCACAAAGGAAGCGACUGUGCACACGUUGAGAUCAGAGAGAACACCAUCAAUCAUGAUGAAAUCCUUCAAUAUCUCAACGCACGAUACAUUGGACCACACCAUGCAGUGUUCAGAAUACUACAGUACAAGUUCCACGACGAGAGUCACACAGUGUUACGACUAUAG